AUGUGUCUCAUCGUUUUCUCUCUACUCUCGUUCCUAUUCGUUAGCAGUGGCUGUGCGAUGUCUGUAGAUUCGUCAUCUAGGUGCACGGAUGGCAAAGACGGACGUGAUGGACGUGAUGGGCACGACUGCGGCUGUUUGGAGGUCAUGAAAUUGUACGUUAACCAUCAAACAAAUGCAGCAAACUUCAAGGAAUUGAGAGGGGAGUUAGCUGCUCUCAAAAGCGACGUGAACAACAUCAAAUCAUGCAACAAACAAGGCAAGAUUUUGGGUGAAACUGGAGAAUGCAGUGAUCCAGUGAGUCCAACGUCUGAGGUUAAGUGGGUUACGUUCAACGGUAAAACUAUGGAAAUUUAUGGAAAGAAAGGAGUUGGUUCUGUAACACGUCACAAAUAUGGUUACAUGAUCACUUGGAGCCAUCCCUUCUCAAACAGCAAUUAUGCAAUAAGUGGAUCAUCUAACAUGCUGAACACUAGCGGACUGAUGUUUGAUUUGGAAGGAAACAACAUAAGAGGUUACACCUACAACCUUGUUAGAGAAGGCUCUUGUGUUGUGGGAACUAGGGAACCGCGUAGCAACAGCUAUGGGUAUUCUGAUUACAUAAGUGUUAUAGCCAUUGGAAACUAGCUCUAGGUACAGCUAUUUUAGUGUUGAUUUUAGUUGAGACUUGUUUGCUAAGCAGUUCUAGCUCAAGAAUUGAGUAUUAGCGAUAGUAUAUGUUUCCAUAUAAUCACCUGCUG